GACUUCAAAACAUUCUACCGAGGGACGUAAUCCACAGCGUUCACUUUGAGUCGAGAACUCAGCAGGAAGAUGGGCAGGCAAAAGGUUUUGCUGGAUAAGAUUGCUCGUGCCUUACAAAUUCGUAAUAAGCUAUUGCGCCAGGGACUGGCUGAACUAUUGGGCACACUAAUCCUGGUGAUGUUUGGCUGUGGUGCAGUGGCUCAGUUAGUGCUCAGUGAAGGAUCUCACGGCAUCUUCCUCGCUGUAAACUUGGCCUUUGGCUUUGCAGCCACACUCGGAAUCUUGGUGUGUGGCCAAGUCUCAGGAGGUCAUCUGAACCCAGCUGUAACUUUUGCCCUAUGUCUACUUGGAAGGGCCAAAUGGAGAAAAUUUCUGGUGUACUUUUUGUGCCAGACACUUGGUUCCUUUUUUGGGGCUGGUAUCAUCUUUGGCAUGUAUUAUGAUGCUAUCCAGGUAUACCAUAAAAAAGAAGGCAAACUACCAUUUGGAAUAUUUGCCACCUACCCCGGCGAACACCUUAGUACCGCAAAUGGCUUUUUUGAUCAGGUGAUUGGCACAGCUGCAUUGAUUGUGUGCAUCCUGGCCAUUGUAGACCCAUACAACAACCCUGUCCCGCAAGGACUUGAGGCCUUCACUGUUGGAUUCACUGUACUUGUCAUUGGGUUAUCUAUGGGCUUCAAUUCUGGUUAUGCAGUAAACCCAGCCAGGGACCUGGGGCCACGUCUUUUUACCUCCAUGGCAGGUUGGGGUGGCCAAGUCUUCAGCAUGGGGAACUACUGGUUCCUGGUGCCUAUCUUUGCCCCAUUCUUGGGUACCAUCAUUGGAGUGAUUUUGUACCAACUGAUGGUGGGCUGGCACACAGAAGGGGAGGCACGAGACAAGAAAAAGGAAACAGAAGAGCUGAACGUCAAGCUGAAUGAUAUUGAUUCUAACUGAUUCUUGGUUCUCUAAGCUGGGUUGAUCAGCAUAACAACAGGACCACUGUUUUGCUCAUGAUUCAGUAGGUUAUGGAAAAUGAUACAUUUUCAAGUGCUAUUCGUUUGUAGGGAAUCUGCAUAUAGAGAGUAAUGAAGCGAAGGUGCCAUUUUUAAAUCUCUUUCUGUGUUAUGAUUAUGAUGAGAUUUUUGAGACAUGUACACAAACUUGCUAAAUUUCAGUUUUGUAAAUAGAUUUUUUUUUUACAGUCUGCAUUCCUUGGUUCUUUUACUCUUAGCAAACCUAUGGCUCAGUGAUAAACCUCUGUUAUAUGUCAACCAUAAUGUCCUAAGUCUGAACAAGUCCAUGUUGGCUAAAAUAGCACAUUAGCAUAUUAGUAAUGUUCAUAUACUUUGAAAAUAGGUAAAGAAUUCACCUAUGUUAUACAAAGUCUAUGUCUUUGGGCACUGCUGCUAUCUUUGGCAAAGCCAUAUACAUUUGAAUACCUGCUUACUUGCUUUACUUUUAAAAAGAAAGAUAAAAACAAUGCAAGGAAAGACAACUGUCCUGCCAAAAUAAGAGCACUGCAUUUUAUAAUUAUUGCUGCAUUUAUAUAGACUGUGGUCCACUGCUUUUCUUACUGCCUUUUUUUUUACCUACCGAACAAGCAUUUAAAUUUGCAUGGCAUUGUACAUUUAAAUCUAUCAUCAGAAUCCUUUACAUUUCUAGUUAUAUUAUGAGCACUAUUAUGCAAAUUACUUUUGAUAUUAAAAGCCAGAGAAGUUAGCUUUUGCAUUCUUCCGACGUUUGUAUUUUGUACACUCAAUGCUAUUUUAAACAUGUAAAUAAAAUCCAUAAAUCUUG